GAUAUAUCUUCUCGCGUCUCUUUGCUUUUAUUUUUAUUUUUCUGUAAAAGCAUAAAAGAACAAUAUUAUACGCGACACAAUGAGUAAAAAAUUAGCGAGAUCUAAAAAGGGAGACGGCAACGUGCCUAACUUUGUAUUAAGACUAGAUGGCAGUGCAGGAACUCCAGCUAGCUUUGCAAGUUUUACUGGUAGCGCGCCAGCAAGUCCAACAAUCGGUUCACCUACAAACAGCUUCACUUUUGGUGGUUCUGUUAGUGGAAGUGUCCCCGGAAGCCCCGCAUCAACAUCAUCAUUUAACUUUGGAGCAACUUCAGUUUCCUUUGGCGACCCAUCUGGCGCAUCUAUUUCAUCCCCAGCUCACAGCAAAUCCUUCAAUAACUCUCAUGGAUCACCUAUAGCAAGUCCUCUUCGACGCGCCCAGUCUGAAUCCGAGUUCUCAAUCACGCCUAGUGAAGGUACGAAUACAGGCUUCAACUUUGGUAACCUCAAACAACCCAGCACAUUAACCACCCAAACAUCUGCCGGUUCUUUAAGCAGUACCUCUUCUUUCAGUGUUGCUGGUGUCACAACACCUGCUCAACCUACUAAUAUCGGAGGCUUUCAGUUCACAACACCUGCUUCAACAACAAGUACUACUAGCACUACUACUACUGCUGCUGCUGCUGCUGCUGCUCCAUCAGCAUUCACAUUCAACACACCUGCCACUACAACACCCUCUUCCUUCUCUUUUGGUCAACCAUCUGGUUCUGGUGCUCCAUUUAACAACACGACAACAACUACUAGUACUACUGCCACACCUGCUCCUUCUUUCACAUUUGGCACUAAGACACCUGCAACCACCAGUACUACACAUAAAACACCCAGUCCUGCUUUUACAUUUGGCAGUGCAACCACACCUUCAACCACGACGCCUACCAGCACAACACCUACCAGCACAACACCUACCAGCAUAACACCUAGUUUUGGUUUUAGUAAGCCAUCUAAUCCAACUACGACGAGCACAGAAAUAAAGCCUACUGAUUCCAAACCAACUCCAUCUUUCACAUUUGGAGCACCUGCUAGCUCUACGCCAACCAGUACUGCUACACCCACAUUAGGAUCUGGAUUCUCUAUUGGAACCACCAAACCUGCUGAAGCACCCAAAACACCUGCAUUUACUUUUGGAACGGAUAAAGAUAAGUCUACUAGUACUACACCUACCUUGACUUUAGGAUCAACUCAACCUGUUGCUUCAACAUCUUCUACUUCAGCACCUUCCACACCUUCAUUUAGCUUUGGAUCAACUACUACUACUACUACUACUACUACGACAACAACAACAACAGCAGCAACAACGACUGCUACUGCUGCUACAACAUCUACAGUCAGAAUACCCAAAUUCGUAUUUGGUACCUCUACAGGUGAUAAAGCAAAAGACGAUAAAACGACAGCAGGAUCUACAAUAACAAGUAGUCCCUUUACGUUUGUUACAUAUUCCUCAACAUCUGCGCCUGCUAGUACUUCUUCUGCUGCUACUCCUGCUCCACCUAAAGUCAAUGUGUUUUCUUUUGAAAAGAUCCUUCAAGAUCUAGCCAAGACUGCAGCUCAACCACCUAACCAAGUCUAUGCGCUCGUUACACCUGCUCUUUCAGGACUACAACAAAACCAAGUUGUUCAUCAUACCAAUUUCAGAAUUGACAAUAUUUCCUUAUCCACACGCUUCCAUGAACUUCCUGAACAAGCACAAAAAGAAUUAGAUGCUAUGCAAGAAUAUAUUCGACGUGAAAGCCAACGCUGUGAAUAUAUUGCUAAUCAAAAGUUUCCUCAACAUUUGAAUGCCAUGUCAAAAACAAAGAAAGAUACAGAAUUAUUAUCACAGCAAAUUGAUGCUCUCUUAAAUACGCUAAAGAGUGAAAUGGAAGCUGUUGAGACAUUUUAUGAUAAUGUCAAAGAUCAAUUGAGACAUGCAAAUGAUGGUUGUGCUGUAUUAGAAGCUUGUAAACAUCCAGGACAUACUGCAAGAUGGUUGUUUGGCUAUUCAGAAGAUGACGAGUAAGUCAGAGAGAGAUGAUACAACUUGAAAGUUACUUACGAUGCUCUAUAUAGCUAUUUUUCACAGCUUACAAAGAAAUUGAGUGGUAAAUUAGAAGAGUAUAAGAGAUGCAUUUGGGAAAUUGAAA